CGUGGCCACGCCCACAAUGACGUGAGGACUAUGGCCCAGUAUGAGAGAAGACGCACAUCUGGGAGGGAAGCACUGCGGCAGCUGGGCAGGACAGGUGCGGAGUCGGUCGGGCUCCUACGCGCUUGGCGAUGGGUGUGAUCCAAGUUACGGUGUUGGGAUUCAAACAACAGAGAAACGUCAUCGACGUGUGCGCCUCGAAGGAGCUGCUGCGAAGCGUCACCGUGCUGCAGCUGAAGAUGAAAAUCGAAGAGAAUCUACUGAGGGGCAUAGGCGGUGUCGACGACUUCCGGUUGGUGUUCGCGGGCAUCCAGAUGACGGACGCGGACGCGCUGUCGUCGUACGGGAUCGAGCACAUGUCCACCAUCCAGCUGCUGAUGCGGCUCCACGGGGGCGUCUGAGCUGCGCUGCGCUGCCGCUCGUUCCUCUCCUGGUUCAAGUGCCGUCAUCGAUGAUGGGGCUUCAAACCUGAGACGAAAUUAAACGUUUUGUGUUCCAUCUCGGUCGUUCGUCUGUCGUAUGACAAAUGUUUCAGUAGAAGUGCUGCUUUAAUGAACGCAUCCGGUCAUCCUGGCUGGCCUGAUUUUUUAGUUUCAAUGUGUGUGGGUUUGGAUAUGUGUGUGGGUUUGGAUAUGUGUGUGUGCUUGUAGUUUUUGGACGUGUGUUUUUGUCUUUGUGUUGCACUGCUUGUGGGGCUGAGAGGAAGUGAUAACGCGCACUUUGUGAUUUAUGCUUCCCACGUGUUUUCUCUUUUCUCUUGUUUUCUAGUCAGUCUUACAGGCUACGAACGAACGAAUGAUUUAUUUCUGACAGGUAAACAAGCGGGAUAUAACGCACAGAUGAGCCACGCAACUCGGCGAGCAAAUCUCCGCCGCAACGUCGACUUUUACAAAAUGUGUGUGUACUCUUCUGUGUUUCCUUUUAUUUAAAAAAAAAAUUUUUUUUUAAUGCCUUGUAACUUGUACGGAGACUCCUUGGGUGAUGGUCACUUUCAAUAAACUGAAGUUGAAGAUAUACAUCUGUUACAAGGAGU